CAAUAAGUUAAAGUGAGACAGGUAUAUGUUUUCUCACUCUAACUUAUCGCACCAGUUCAGCUGAGAAGAACAGACCAUUUAUUUUCAAAUAAUAUCAUUUAACGUGAUUCAACGACAGAUCAGAUUUUUAUUUCCAAAUGCAAAUCAACGAAGGAAUAGAUGAAUUAUUUAUUCUUUAACCGCACGACCAAGCAGCGGAUAAAUUUUUAAUUCUAAUAGCGAUAUAUCGUUUAUCUCCGGAACGUGAAUUCGCAUAACCUCUGUGUACAAUGACGACUUUACUGUUAGGUUUUUCGAGACUUUUUAACUACACGGCGGGUAAUUGCUUAAGAAGAGUAGGACCAGCCGCGAUUUGCAAACAGCUUUACCCCGCACUAAGAUUAUGGGAGCAACCAGUGGCAGAAUAUCGUAGAAUAAUACCAACAAGACAAAAACGUUUUCAUCUAAACCCCAGACCAGCAUGGAUGAAGUCUGUCCCAGAUUAUGAAACACAAAUACAGGAAUGGGAUGAGGAGAAGGAACAAAUAUGCACUGACGUGACAAACGAGAUCAACAACCAAAUUGUGAUGAACAGGACUGGCCGUUUGUUCGCGGUUGUACAGAUAUGUGGGAAACAAUUUAAAGUAACAGAGAACGAUAUUAUAAUAAUUGAGGGAUUCUGGCCACCGAAUAUUGGUGAACACUUGAAGCUGGAAAAAGUGCUGCUCGUUGGAAGCACCGAUUUCACUCUUGUAGGAAGGCCACUCCUGAACAGAGAAUUGAUCUCCGUCGACGCGAUAGUCAUUGAGAAAACUUUGUCUCACACAAAAACUCGCUUUAGGUUCAGAAAGAGGAAACAGUAUCGUCGUAUAAACUUUUACAGAAUGCAGUAUACAAUGCUGCGAAUCAACUCCAUAGCGAUCAAUGGAAAUAUUAAUGAGAAGAAAGAAGUAGAAGGAUUAGAUAGAGUAUAUUAACAAGACAUAAUACAUAUAUUAUUAAGAAGCAGAUUUGAAUUUGUAUUAUAUACUGUAUUGUAAAGGAACGUGAGACUCAUUUAGUUGAGAUUGAAUGAUUAUUUAAGUUUA